AUUUUUCAGGUUAAAUCAUGAUGAAAAUCGAGAGCCAAAGAUCAUCUCCGAAGCGCACUGCUUAUGCCGUCGCAGUCGCGGCAAUCCUGGCUCAUUUUGUAUGCCAAUUAAGCGACAGGUGGCAGUGAUGAAACGAGUACGUUGCGAUCCAAAUACCGGACUUUACGAAUAUUCUCGUGCUUUGCAAACAAUAACUGUUGGUUGCCAUUCAGUGUUGCCGAGAAGUCAGAAAGCCAGUAUGUUAAUUGAUUUGUACAAAAAAGACAAGGAUAUCGAAAUAUGA